AUGGCAGCAGCGGCAGAGAGUGUGUUGGACCUCAAUAAGCGGUGGUACGAGCGGUCGCUGCCGUUGCGCUCCUGCAGCCUAAAGGAGGUUGCAAACAGUGCGGUGACGAAGGAUGAAAUGGAUGCGAUGUUCUGUGAAGCGCAGGAGGCCCUCGACGCUGAAACGGCGCAGAGUCAAACCGACAAGGGACGCUGGUACAAUUCUCAGUUUAUCUCGCGUGGAACAACCGCGGACAAGAUUGCCUCCGCCGCAGUGAAGCUGAGCGAUGUGGAUUUCAUGUUCUUCCUGGACGGCUUUAACCUGCUCUUUGACACCGCACGCACCGACACACACCACUACGAGGCGGCCCUCAAGGCCCUUGCUGUGGUUUGGCCCAAACUUUUGCCCCAUCGUCCACUGAAGCGCUUUGUGACGCAGUUUUUCACGACCCUUCCUACAGAUGCAAAGGGGCGAAAGACAGUCCUGGUCUAUUGGUACAUUGAGGAUUACUUAAAGCGCACCUACGCCCAGUUUCUUUCGCUGGCGGAGUCCAUGCUGAAGGAUAGACUGCAGAAGCGACGCGAGGCUUGGCUGGAGGUUGUAGGGAAACUGAUGUGUAGUAUUGCUGAGGGCCGACAUGUGGCGAUGGCGCUUAUUGUGGAUAAACUCGGCGAUCCCACCUCCCGUGUGGCGCACCAAGCAUACCAUCACUUGCUUUCCCUUCUAAAGGAGUCUUCGACGCACCAGGCGACGUUGUUUGUGGAGUUGGAAAAGGCCAUUUUUAUGAACAACUGCCCUGUCGCCACGAUGAAGUAUGCUGCCAAUGUGAUGAAUCAAUUUGUGUACACCAAGGAGGAGCGCAAGCUUGCCUUGAAGAGUGUUCAAACGUAUCUUGCGCUCUUUCGCAAGCUUGUGAUGAACGCCUCGGUGGAUCUUUCCGUGACCACCGCCAUCCUCGUCGGCUUACGCCGCGCCUUUCCCUACGCUGGGACGGACAUCGCGCCACUUGAAGAACAUUUGAAUGCGCUUUUUGUGCUUGCCAACACGGGAACUUUUAUACAGCGCGUGGCGACUAUGUCGCUGCUGCAGCUUAUAUCCCAUGGAAAAGGUGCAACGACGGCGUUCCAGAAUCGUUGGUAUCGGGCGCUGUAUAAUUUACUCUUGAUCUCGCCGAAGCAGCUCUCACACUCUACACAAAUGGCAGGCUUCUUUUCCAUGCUUCACAAGGCGCUACGCAUGGACAAGAAUGAGGAGCGCCUGGCAGCUUUUGCACACCGACUGCUACAACGCUCUUUGUACUUUAGCGAUUCUGUGGUUUGCGCCAUCCUGCUGCUGGUGGGCGAGAUGUUCCAAGCGCAUCCGCGUCUGCGGGCGUUGGUUCUGGGGACGCGAAAAAAGCCCUUAGACGCUGCGGCGGAGCGUUACGAUGUACGAUGCCGUGAACCACAGUUUUCACAUGCCACAAAGGAAUCCCUGUGGACCCUUGGUACACUUGCACGACACUCCCAUCCAUCGGUCGUGAAACUGGCGGUGAUGCUGAUGUUCAACGAGGACGUCGUCUUUGAUAGCCACCCGUUAGAUGAGCUUACGUUGCCAAACUUUCUCACGAUUUUUGUUGACGCCCGGGCGCAGCCAAAGGAGGAGGAGGAGGUGAGCACAGGAAUGUCCGUCUUCAGCCGUGUGGUGCACACUCCGAACAUUCCUAGUGCCUCGGACCCAUACUUUAUCAAUGCAAGUGCGCAGCAGGUGGACGUGUCUGCGCUGUUUCUGCACCGCUACGCCGUUCAGCGGCAGCGCUUCCUUGACGGGUUGUCGCAGGUCCGCUCCACGUGGGGCGACGCCAGCGGAGAGGCGGAUGUGGCGCUGCGGGUGAAGAACGUCGACGCCUCGCUCUUUGGGCCCGCUGGUAUGCUGGGGGGGGAGGCCAGCGGCGACGGCACCAAGGCGAAGAAGAAGAAGCGGUCCGAGAAGGAGCAGCCGCACGCCGCCAAGGCGGUGGAGUUUGACGAGGAAGUGGCGAGCGACGGCAGUGGCGACGGCAGCCAAGACGGCGACGGCGACGACUUCGACGUCGCCGGAAGUGAGGGCGACUUGGAGUGGGGCAGCAACGACGAGGCGGCGUACGACGACCUGCACGCCGCGGAGGACUACGACGAGGAGGAGGAGGACUACGAGGACGCGGACGUCGCCGGCGAAACGGCGCUGGGAGGCACGAAGGCCCCGGGUGACCUGGACGGCGGCGAACUCGCCGAACUGCUCGACGCGAACCGCAAGGGCCUGUCAAAAAAGCGGCGGCGUGCGGAGGAGUGGCUUGACCGCGCCACCGCCGCGCCUGCGCCACCCCCGUCGAAGAGGACGCACCCGGAGGCAGUGAAGUGGAACAGAGUGAAGGCGCCGCGUGUUGCACGAAGCAAAUGA